UUUCAAUGAUGGAAAAAAAUUCACAAGAUUCAAGACGUUUAUUGGAUGAAGAAGAUGAAUUAGCUGAAGUAAAACCGGAUGCUGUACCAAGUGAAGUACGUGAAUGGCUUACAUCUACAUUUACAAGGAAUCAGGUUUCCACACGUAAUCGUUCGGAUGAUAAACCAAAAUUUCGUUCAGUUGCUAAUGCAAUACGUGCUGGUAUUAUGGUCGAUAGAAUUUAUCGCCGAUUAUUCAGUGCUACCACCAUACAGAUUGCACCGGAAGUUUCAAAUUUUCUUAAAGGAACAGAUGAAUGGUCAUUCGAUGUGUUUUCAUUGAAUCAAUUACAACAGGGAAAAGUAUUGCGUAAUUUAGCCACUGAUCUAUUGAAUCGUUAUGGUCUUAUACAUAAAUUCAAGAUUCCAACCAGUAAUUUGGAUUCAUUCUUAUCACAAGUGGAAUUAGGUUAUCAAAAAUAUCAGAAUCCAUAUCAUAAUAAUUUACAUGCAGCUGAUGUAACACAAACCGUCCAUUAUCUAUUAUGGGUUACUGGAUUGGCGCAAUGGUUGACCGAUUUGGAAAUAUUCGCUACAUUAGUUGCUGCUAUCAUACAUGAUUAUCAACAUACUGGUACUACUAAUAAUUUUCAUAUCAUGUCUGGAUCCGAAAUAAGCCUUUUAUAUAAUGAUCGUUCUGUAUUGGAAAAUUUUCACAUUUCCGAAGCAUUUAGAGUGAUACGUAAAGAUGAUGCAAAUAUUGUGGCCAAUCUAAGUCGUGAAGAAUAUAGAGAAUUUCGUACAUUAAUCAUUGAAAUGGUCAUCGCUACCGAUAUGUCAACACAUUUUCAACAGAUUAAAACAUUGAAAACAAUAUUAAGCCAUCAGGAUUUUGUGCUAGAUAAACAGAAAGGUUUAUCAUAUAUAUUACAUAGUGCCGAUAUAUCACAUCCAUCGAAAAAUUUUGAUCUACAUCAACGUUGGACAUUGUUGUUGAUGGAGGAAUUUUUUCGUCAGGGCGAUAUGGAACGUGAAUUAGGUCUUGCCUAUUCUCCAUUAUGUGAUCGAAAUUCAACAUUGAUACCUCAAUCACAGAUUGGUUUUAUUGAAUUUAUUGUUUAUCCAACAAUGGAACUUUGUGGUGAUCUUAUUGAACGUGUUUAUGAACAUUUAAAUUCAUCAUCAUCAUCAUCUUCAACAUCGACAACGACAACAGUGACGGCAACAGCAACAACAAUGGCUACUACAUCAGUAGAUAUAAUCGAAGAAGAAGAAGAUAAUGAUGAUCAAAAGUCUUCCAAUGAUAAUGAAGAUUCUAUUUUGAAACCGAAACAACAACAACAACAACAAAUAUCAAGAAAUUCAUCGACAACAACAACAACAACCAAUUCAUCAGCCACUGUGAUAACCACAACUACACCCGUAUUCAAUAUGGUGAUCAAUAGUUCAACACGUAAAUUAUAUCGUCCAUGGUUACAAUAUUUGGAUCAAAAUAAAACUAAAUGGCAACAGAAAGCAACGCUUGAAGAAUUGAAACCAAAACCACCGCAACAGCAGCAGCAGCAGCCAGGUGAAUAGAAAAAAAUAAAUGUCACAUCAUCAUCUGAUCAAAAUGGACAGAAUGUGAACCUGAAAUAUGGAUGACGAAAAAACAACAACAACAACAACAAAACAUAACAUAACAUAACAUAACAUCCUUUUUUUUCGUGGACAAUAAACGAAUGGUGGUGUCUAUUGUGAGCGAUGAUUCAAAUUUUCGUUCGUUCUCACUCAUUUUUUUUUUCACUUUCAUUUCGUUAUUAUUAUUGAUUUGAAUCUGUUGAAUUUUUUUCUUCUUAUUAUCUAUUUAUCUAUAUAUCUAUAUAUACUAUCAUUCAAAUUUGUUAUAUUUUAGUGAUUUUCACUGCAAAUUUUUUUUUUUUUGGCUCUCUUUCAUACAUUCAAUUCACCCAGAUAAAAUAUAUAUGAAAAUAUUUUUGAUUUUUUCCCCAACCUCCCCCGGUGCUUAUAUAUCUCACUGUGACAUUCAUUUUCAUUGUUUAUCCCGCAAAACUCGAGCCCUGUCCCGUCACUUACUUUUCAAAUAAACACCCACACACACACACACGAAUAUAUUAUUAUUGUAUACAAAAAAAAAAAAAAAAAACCACACCAAAUGGAGAAGAAAGGGUUCAGUAAAAAAAAAUGAAUAAAUAAAAAUGAAUUUAACCCGAAUCAUCGAAUUAUCAAAUAACCAACAAUUUUGAUUAUCAUCAUUAUAUAUCAUUGUCGGACAAAAUAUUCGAAUCGAAUCUUUAUAGCUCAUACACACAUACACACAAACUAAAU